GACGCCGCUCCAUCGCCGUCCCCCCCCUCCCCGUUCCUUCCUUCUUUGUCCGUAGUAUGUGAGAAAGCCUUCCUAAACCUGGACCCGACCCCUUAAGCCUGUUCCUCCUAUUGCUGGUGCUGUUCCUUCCUUCCCCGCGCUCUCUUGUUCCUCAGUCGGCAUUCUCUGGCACCUUCAUCCCCCGCCCUGUCCUGGUCAUCUAUCUGCUCUUCCUCUCCCUCCCUCCCUGUCUCGCUCUUGCUCUACUUCCUCCUCCUCAUCCUCCGUGUGCAAGCAAGCAAGCCCCCUUCGCCAUGUCUCCUCUUGUAAUGUAGCCUGCUUCUGCUGCUCCUGCUCCUCUUGAUGUCCUGCGCUGCCCCUCCUCCUCCUCUUGCUACCACUGUCCCUCUGGUGCAUGCUCUGUGGCGCGCUAUUGUUGGCCGUUUCUGAGCUCUAGUCUGAGGAAGCGAUGCCGUCCUCAUCAUGAAGGUGCGCAGGGCUGUUCCGCAGCUGGAUAGGUGAUAUUUCGAACAGCUUGGGCAAACAGUCCGCGGAGCGAAUUCGUUGUGGAGAUUCUGCUCACCAUUUUGGUUCAUUUUCUGUUUGAGUCAAAAUGUCAAUGCUAGGUUGCAAAUGGCAUCCCAGCCAGGACAACGUAGGAGUGUGUGCUCAUUGUCUUCGCGAGUCGUUAAGUAGACUCGCAGUGUGCCAGGAUGAAGAGGAUGACUCUAUUGAUCUGGAGAUCUUUCCCCCAAGCAAGCCCACGUCUAUACCAGCAGGUAGUAGGAGAGCGCAGUUUAUAUUGGUUCAGUAUGAUGAAGACGGAAACCCUCGUGCGGGCGCAGGUGGAGACAACUCCGACCUGUUUUACCCUGGUGUUAAUAGAAGCAUCAUGGGCGCAUUGGUUGGUAGUCAACAACAUGCUCAGCAUGUGCAGCACAUGCAGAGAUAUGCCCUGGACGAUAAUGAUGCCUCCAAUUUCAAUCUGCAAAUUAUAGGUCACGCCGACAUGCAGGGGGAGGGGAGCACUUCGGAGGACAGUGGUUCGAGAGGUCAAGAUGAGGCUGUUCCACACAACAUGCCUGUCAUCGUGGAUGUAGGGGAAUCCGGGCGUCAUAAAAGGAAGUUACAUUCUUCCAGUGGGAGACGAAAGUCGAAGACCUGGGGAGCGGCGAUGAUGAAAAUUGUAGGGUUUCGCACUAUGAGCGUACUCUGGAGAUCAGAGAGAAAGGGUGAGGCGACCGUCUCCAAGUCAAAGCCGAACGAGCAAGGCAAUGACGGCAGUAUUGACUCUGGAGCUCCUACGCAAGACCUGCAGUUCACUCCUGCUCGGUUCUCUGUUUCAUCAAAUCUGGAACAGACCACCCCUGCAAGGUACUCUGUCUCGUCUCAAUGGGAACAAACCACCCCCGCGAGGUACUCGGUUGCGUCAAUGAAUGAUCAGAUCACGCCUGCCAGAUAUUCUGGGGCGUCCUUGUUUGACAUCGAGUCUAUGGACUCUCGGAGAUUCUCAACAAGUAGUCGCGGAAGUCCCUUCACACAGAAACCUGUCAUCAACGGCGAGAACUUCAAUGCUGCGUGGAAGGCAAGUAAAUCCUCUACUGGUGCGCGUAAAGUAGGUGCCUACGAGGGCUUUGGCAGGGAAGAAAAUCACUCUGGGAAAGCUUCCCACACCGGAACGCGGAACUAUGGGGACGAAAGUGCAGGGCAGGGAAAGAAGUCUCCUUGGAAGUGGUUUGCUUCUUUCAAAGGCUAUGCUUCCAAGGAUGAUAAAUCAUUGAAUCAGCAGAAUUUCAGUUUGGGAGCUCCCGCCGAAUCCGUACCGUACCAGGAACGAAGGAAAUCCACAUCCUCCGUCUACACCACAAAAUCCAGAGAUCGCAACCAGCCGCAACCUUUGACCCCAGUUUUAGUUUCGAAGAAGAGUCCAUGGUGGAAGGCAUCCCCACAUAUGAGAGCUAGGUCGAAGAGUCCCAUCUCUGUUCCGGUCAAAGCUGUAAACAGGGAACAUGAGACUGCCACGGAUUCCGACUUGAUGGAGGACACUCCUCACAGGCUCUCUUCGGCCAGUCCCAUGGUGGGAUACUCCCGUUCUAGCAGCAAUGGUAGCUCAUGUUUCACCACUCCCAGGUGGAACACACGACACCGACAGCAACAUGGUGGGCAUCGGAGCAUGGCUGUGCACGAAAGAGAACAUGAGAUUACACAUUUGGCAAUCUAGGGGCGGGAGCAAAGGCAUGGAACACCUGCAGAUAUAUGGCUCUGUGUGCCCUUUAUGGCUGGAUAUUAUUUUAUUUUGACCCAUUCGGUUUGUCUACCGCAUCGCCGUGUUUGGACUUUCAGGUAGUUGUAGAAUACCAAGUUACAUCUGAUGGUGCUCACGAGUGACGUGAGAUUGAGAUAGAGAAUUGGCUAGGGACGAUUGAGUCCGGUAUCCACGUCUUUCAAGUGUAAAAAGGAACUUUAGAGCUUUCUUCACCUUCACAAACCAUGAUGUAAGCCCUGUCUGUCCGGAUAGUCUAGGAAUGGUAGUGGCAACAAUCAAUUCAGAUUUGUGGAAGAGCUGGAGAGGAAGAGAGAGGUAGCUUCACUGUGCACAAACUAGUCCAUGAGGUUUUGUUUGCAGGACAUGCAGUGGUUGGAUAUUCUUGUGAAGUGCGGAAUACUACGACUAAUUGUUCGCGGAGGAUCUUGUACGAUUGAGCUAUGGCUUGACGAAGAGGACCUGUCUCUGAUCUGAGCGAGUGAGUUGUAGUACUUUUAUGCUCUUCUAGCAGUUUUCUCUAUUGGCGUGGAGGAGGUGCGCUUUAAUUUAUUCGAAUGUAGAAGAUUAGUGGAAAUCUCCCAGCUUGGAGCCGCACGCGCAAGAGCGGAGCCUACACUUCAACUGUAGCGAUGAUAAUCAGACUUUCUGUUUGAGUUUUCUGUAGCCCAUUGGCCUGUCGUGAGGAAGAGCACACAGGCAGGUGAGUCUGCGCUACAGAUUGUAUGCAGGUGGUGAAAAUAAUGAUACGAAGAGCAAUCCUUUACACAGAACUGGAAGGACUGAGAUCGCCUGUUGGUGUUGGACUUAUUUGUAGUCGCAGAGAGUUGUGCUGUGCUAGAGCUCUGCUGGUAGGUGUGGCAUAUCAUUGUGGCCGGUUCUUUAGGAAUGAUCAGUACUGUAUAUUUCUCUUGUAGAAAUUUAUUGGCCUAAUAUAUUGCCACUAUUUGGCGGUUUUAUACUUUUCAACUUC